AUGAGUAGCCUGCGGUCUCUGCUACGCCGCUGCUGGCUGCCGUCCCUGCUGCUGCCUGCGCUCCUGGGCCCCCGCCUCGCCGCCGGGGUGGCCCUGCAGCCCAUGCACUGCGCCCCGUGCACCCAGGAGAAGCUCGCCCUCUGCCCGCCCGUCGCGCCCGGCUGCCCGGAGACGGCCCGGCAGCCCCAUUCUAUUGAACUUGAGGAUAUGCCUUUGGAAAGCACUGAAAUGACACAGGAUCAGCUGCUGAACUAUCAGUUGAUGUUUCCCAUAGGCCAGGACAAAUCCAUCCCCUGGAAUGCCAUCACUGCAUAUGAAAACAUGAAAGCAAAGAGAAUAUCUGAAUUCAAGAAAUGGAAAGAGCAGGGACCUUGUCAGAAGGAGCUCUACAGAGCCCUGUAUAAAUUGGCAAAGGCGCAGCAGAGAAGCGGAGGGGAGAUUUACAAAUUCUACUUGCCCAACUGCAGCAAGAACGGAUUUUACCACAGCAAACAGUGUGAAACUUCACUGGAUGGAGAGUCUGCUGGAUGCUGGUGUGUCUACCCAAAAGAUGGAAGAAGAAUUCCUGGCUCUCCAGAAAUGAAAGGAGACCCUGAAUGCCAACAGUAUCUUAACUCACAAGAAUAA